UCCAGGAGGCCCCGGUAACUUGUUUUCCCUCGGAGCAGCUAUGAGCAAGCGGAACCAGGUUUCGUACGUGCGGCCAGCCGAACCGGCGUUCCUGGCUCGCUUCAAGGAACAGGUCGGCUACAGGGAAGGGCCUACCGUGGAAACCAAGAGAAUCCAGCCUCAGCUCCCAGAUGAAGAUGGUGAUCACAGUGACAAAGAAGAUGAACAGCCCCAAGUGGUGGUUUUAAAAAAGGGAGACCUGUCAGUUGAUGAAGUCAUGAAAAUUAAAGCAGAAAUAAAGGCUGCCAAAGCAGAUGAAGAACCAGCUAUAGUUGAUGGAAGAAUCAUGUAUCGAAAACCAGUCAAACGUUCCUCGGAUGAAAAAUAUUCAGGUUUAACAGCAAGCUCAAAAAAGAGGAAGGCAAACGAAGAUGAAAUAAAUAAGCAGGACUCAGUUAAAAAGAACUCACAAAAGCAAAUCAAAAACAGUUGCCUCCUUUCUUUUGAGAAUGAAGAUGAAACUGAGUAAGUGUAAAUAUUUUGGACUUAGUCAUCCUUACAAGUAUAUGGGAUGUUUUUUACAGUGACACUUUUUUUUUCUAUUUAAAGAUAAUACAAGUUCAUUAUAGAAAAUUCAGAAAAAAAUUUAGUAUGAUAAAA